UUCUCGCUGUAAGAAACCUAAAGAAAAAAAAAAUCAGAGACCACAGUCCCACUCGGAGAAAUCGCUGGACCGGAACGAAGACCACCUCCCGAAGCUCUUCGCGCAUGGCGGCCCGGCCUCCGCCCUGAAUCCCGGCGCUUCGUGGUUCCUCCGUAGCUUCUUCCUCGCUUCGCCGGCCCUCGCUUGGAGGGCGUCGAUUGGAGCUCGGAGCUCAGUGUUAGUUGGGGAUAGAGAUUUCGCUAGGUACUGUAAUCUAUGGAGGAGCUCGUUGGUUUGGAGAGCUUUAGAGUUACGGACAAUGGUGCCGCCUCGUGCAGCGAUAGGCCGUUCGGCCAUGUGGGUAAUGGCAGAGAGAGCGAGAGUCUGGACAUCGACCUCUUGGCAGAUUUGGAAUCUUAUUUGCAGGAUAUCAACGAUAGGCUCACGAUUUCGAGGAUGGUGAGCGAUUCUGUUAUCAAGGGUAUGGUGAGUGCGGUGGAGCAGGAGGCCGAGGAGAAGAUUGGGGAGAAGCAGCUGGAGAUAGCCAGGCUGAAGGAAACGUUGUGUGCGUAUCGUACAGUGGAGGGGAGGGAUAAGCUUUCGCCUAUUCCGUUGUCAUUGUUGAAUGAGGGGAAUACCCAGCAAGACCCAUUUUUAGUCAUCUCAAAUCCUCAGAAAGACCGUGAUGGGAAUUCGGAUUUUCUGAGGAGCUGUAUAAGCGAAGUGAAAGAGCAGCUAGCGAAACUCAAGAAAGAGGUAAACUACGUUAAAGGUGGAAAUCGUUGUAGGAGGAUUAAUUCAGGUGAUGAGUUGGUGGGGUUGGGUGGUAUCUUGCUGGAGGACGUCUCUGAAAGAUUGAUUGGUGUGGACAGUACUUUCAAUGGUCUCCAGAGUACACUAGAUUCUUUCUUCAGCCAGCUGAAGGAUAUGGUUCACAUAUCUAAGACGUCACUUCGUGAGAUGCAGCAGGAAUGGGAACUAAGAGCAGAAAUUGAGGCCAUUGUGACAACUGACUACAUCAGGAGCCUCCACAGUGAGUUUGAGAGGAAGCUUUGGGAUCUUAAUAGUUAUUCUCAUGGGUGUGAAAACCACAGGUCGCUGAAGAAGAUAAAAGAAAUAACAGCUCCUCUACGUGAGGAACUGGUUGUGCUUUCUAAUCUAUUGUCCGGUGAUGAUAAUGGACACCUAAUUUCGCAAGUGUCCUUGGAGGAUGGUGAAGAAUGUUUGAUUAAUAAAAGAACUGAUCACUUGAAUCGGAAACUGUCAGGUAACCAUUUGCUAUCAGCUUCUCCCUGGGAGGGUAGUGGCAAGCAUGAUGAGCUUAUAAUCACUAGGCCAGAGAAUUUGGACCCAGCUCAACUAAAACAUAUGGGAAGAGAUGAAUUGAUAAGUUAUUUCAAGACUGAGAUGACCAAAAUGAAAAGAUUCCAUGAGUCCAAGAUACAGGAGAAGACUGAAGAGGUUUUUAGUCUCAAGCGAGAAUACAUGAAGGACAGAGGACUUUCAUUGACGGUCAGAAAGGACAAGGAAUUUGAAGGAUUGAAGAGAAAAAUCCCUGAGGUGCUCUUGAAGUUGGAUGAUGUUUUGAUGGAAAGUAACACCGUACCUCAAUCUAAUGGUGAUGCUGUAAGUUUUGGCACUAUGAGGGAGAGGUUGGAAAAUCUUCUGGCUGAAAAUCACCGGCUAAGAGGCAUUCUUUCUGAUAAGAAAAAGAGGUAAAGUGUCUUCUCUCACAAAUUUCUAAUGAUGCAAAGCAAAUCUCUUCUCAUUCUU